AUGACCUUCAUAAAAAUUGCUACUAAGAAAUCCUAUUGACCCCCAAAAGGAUUUGUUAAUUAAACUAGACAGGGUGAAACAUUUCUGAACAACUAUUUCACGGGACUAAAGCAUCCAUUUUUAGUCUGUAUCCUAAACCAAAAAGCUACAUAUCUUGCUUAAUUGCCACUGCUUGAAGGAACAGCUAAAGGAAUGAUCUGCCAUGACAAUUUCGCUGCUAUUGCAUCUUUUAAUCCCUGCCCAUAGGUAAACGGCAGUGCAGUCUAUUGCAAAUCCUCUGCACAGCCUGGUUCCAGCAGAUUUCCCUCUCUGGACACAGGCUGCUGUGGGUGGUGCAAGAUAACAAAUACAUAGUUUAAAGUUUGUAUUAAAAUAAGUUACUAUAUAUCGUUGUGGUGGUUGCAUAAUAAAAUACAUAAUGUAUAUAUAGCCUGCCAUACAACGAAACUCGCUGUGUCGAUGAAGCACGCGCUCGCUGCAGCACUGCAGAGGCGCGCGAGACUACUGCGGGAGCGAGCGAUGGCUCACGCAUGUUACAUUGUCAGGACAAAUAUUUCAGGGGCUAUUACAGUGAGUUUUUCUUAUGAGUAACACUAGUUAAUGCCUGGCUUAUCAGACGAUUUGGCCUUUAGGAACAUUAUGAUCAGUCAUCUUUUAAAUCAAAAUCACUUUACAGAUUAGAUUGAAAUGAUCGGCAAUAUAUUAUUUCUGCAGGCGAAAUUUAAAGUUAGCAUUCGUUACGUGACAUGAAUCAUUCUCAGACGCAGCGAUACAGUCCAACAUACCAGACUUUAUGGAAACAACCAUUGAUUUGAACUAAGUGGAUGAUAUUUGUCUGAGCUGAUGCAGCUGCAGGAGGAUGUUAAAUAAACAACUGUCUCCCUUUCAUUCUCAAGAUAAACCCUAAAAUCUAUUAAGUCUCAAAUGGGGUGACAUUUUUAAAUAUUAACUAGCAUGAAAACUAGAAUUUAAGAGGUGUCCUGGGUCACUUCUUCCGAAAUAAUAUGUAAAUACUUUUUAUUUGGAUAUGUAAUAUGAGUAUUAUUUCGUAUAAUCGUAUGUCUAUCUGCUAACGUAAAUUGAAAAAUAGAUAGUGGAUGAAGCGGUUCAAUCAGCUUACAUUGGGCACAGUCCUUACAUUUGAAGACAUAACAAAGCUGGGGACUCGAGUUAGUAAAAAUGUAUUUGUAACGCUCAAAAUUCAAUAUAAUAUGAAUUAUCGCGAGAUAUGCGACGUCAACAUUGAUGAACGCGCCGUGAUCUCGACCAGAAUCGUGAAACAACCUCCGCCGACCUUCCUUUCAUCAUUCCCGUAAUCCGUCUGCGUAGGGUGUGCACCAGAGCUAGUCUCGGCACACAUUUUUAUUAUUAUGAAACAAACCAAAAGCUAGGGAGCACACGCAGACAUAUUUUUAUAAGGAAAAAAAAAUCGGUGAAGCAGGAUUUAAUUUGACAACUCAAGCAACGGAAGAACAGCCUUCGAAAAAGAAAGAAACACGGAACGAGAAGCACGUUAUCGAGCAGCGAGUCAUUGUUGAAAGCGUGGGUGAUUAACGUUAGCCACUACUUAUUUUUUACCUUUUAUAAAGGGGUUGUCAUUCCAGGGAACAUCGUUAACCAGAACAUUUGCUUCGUUAACAGUCAGCUAUUUCGCUUCCUCUCACUAGGACAGAGUACUGAGUCAGAGCUGUCAGAGCUGUCAGCCGCAGCGGUUAGGUCACGACAUUUUGCUAAUCAAGCUAAGUAGCCCACAUUGCUAACUCUAAAGAGAGCUAGAAUAUGUGUCUGCGAUCUUAUUUUGUAUAGGUGAUAGCUGAGAACAAUAGCAUUUAUAUAUCGGAAGCUGUCAUAAGCAGAAGAGUGUCAUCCACAUUUAACAUUUAUAAUACAAGCCUGAGAACCCUCGUCGUCAGACAUGAAUCCCAGCGCUCCUAGCUACCCGAUGGCUUCCCUCUAUGUGGGAGACCUGCAUGCAGACGUUACCGAGGCUAUGCUCUACGAGAAAUUCAGCCCGGCUGGGCCCAUCUUAUCCAUCAGAGUGUGCAGAGACAUGAUCACACGCCGGUCUCUUGGCUAUGCAUAUGUCAACUUCCAGCAGCCGAAUGACGCUGAGCGAGCCCUGGACACAAUGAACUUUGAUGUAAUCAAAGGCAGACCACUCCGCAUCAUGUGGUCUCAGCGGGAUCCCUCCCUAAGAAAAAGUGGUGUGGGCAACAUCUUCAUCAAGAACCUGGACAAGUCUAUUGAUAACAAAGCACUCUAUGACACCUUCUCUGCAUUUGGAAACAUCCUUUCUUGCAAGGUUGUUUGUGAUGAGAAUGGCUCAAAGGGGUACGGCUUUGUCCACUUUGAGACCCACGAGGCUGCUGAGCGGGCCAUUGAGAAAAUGAAUGGCAUGUUGCUCAAUGACAGAAAAGUAUUUGUUGGACGCUUUAAGUCUCGUAAAGAAAGGGAGGCUGAGCUCGGAGCCCGUGCCAGAGAGUUUACCAAUGUUUACAUCAAGAACUUUGGGGAUGACAUGGAUGACGUGAAGCUGAGGGAGUUGUUUAACCAAUAUGGACCUUCACUAAGUAUCCGGGUUAUGACUGAUGACAGUGGCAAGUCCAAGGGAUUUGGCUUCGUCAGCUUUGAGAGACAUGAAGAUGCACAGAAGGCUGUGGACGAGAUGAAUGGUAAAGAAAUGAAUGGGCGGCAAGUGUAUGUGGGCCGUGCACAGAAGAAAGGGGAACGCCAGAAUGAGCUCAAGCGUAAAUUUGAGCAGAUGAAACAGGAUCGCAUGACCAGAUACCAGGGUGUCAAUCUUUAUGUGAAAAACCUGGAUGAUGGCCUAGAUGAUGAGCGUCUGCGUAAAGAGUUCACUCCGUUUGGAACCAUAACCAGUGCUAAGGUGAUGAUGGAGGGGGGCCGCAGCAAAGGCUUUGGCUUUGUGUGUUUCUCUUCCCCAGAGGAGGCCACUAAAGCUGUAACGGAGAUGAAUGGGCGUAUUGUUGCUACAAAGCCACUGUAUGUGGCCCUGGCCCAGCGGAAAGAGGAGCGUCAGGCCCACCUGACCAACCAGUACAUGCAGAGGAUGGCCACAGUCCGCGCUGUGCCCAACCCAGUACUCAACCCAUAUCAGCCGGCCCCACCCUCAGGCUAUUUCAUGGCAGCUAUACCUCAGGCUCAGAACCGUGCUGCUUACUACUCUGCCAACCAGCUGGCCCAACUCCGCCCCAGCCCCCGCUGGGCAACUCAAGGAGUGCGUCCUCAGCACUUCCAAAACAUGCCCAAUGCUAUGCGGCCCUCAGCUCCCAGGCCCCAAACCUUCAACACCAUCCGUCCCACCACCACACCCAACACACAGGUUCCGCGCAUGAUGGCUUCCCAGCGUAUGCCCACACAGGCCCUCAGUCAACGCCCUGCCGGAUCUUCAGCAACUGCUGCCCCAGUGCGCGCCAUGCCCCAGUACAAAUAUGCUGCUGGUGUGCGAAACCCCCAGCAGCACAUGGCCUCCCAGCCACAGGUCCCCAUGCAGCAGCCUGCUGUCCAUGUCCAAGGACAGGAGCCACUGACGGCCUCCAUGCUGGCCGCGGCCCCUCCUCAGGAACAGAAGCAAAUGCUGGGUGAGCGUCUGUUCCCCCUGAUCCAGAACAUGCACCCCAGUUUGGCUGGCAAGAUCACCGGUAUGCUGCUGGAGAUCGACAACUCUGAACUUCUCCACAUGCUGGAGUCACCUGAGUCGCUGCGCUCAAAGGUGGAUGAGGCUGUUGCUGUGCUGCAGGCCCACCAGGCCAAGGAGGCUGCUCAGAAGUCAACCACCCCCGCUGGUGUCCCCAGUGUCUAAGAUUGAAGCCUGCUUCACCGAUGGAAAAAGAGAAAAAAAUAUUAAACAUUGAAAAACCUAAAACUCUGAAAACAUCGCAAAAUGAUAAAUUAUUUCUUAAAAAAAUGAAGAAAACAAUUAAUCUGCCAGGUCUAUAGAUGGUUUGACUAGACCUUGAUAAUAAACAAAAAUGUGUUGAAAAAAAUAGCAAAAUAGAAAACAAAUUGAGAUUAUACGUUCUGAAUGCAUUCCUCUGUUUUAUGUUAUUGUGUCAGUGCUCAGAAUAUCAGCCAUGUUCAGGUGAUAGCUGAGCAUCAUGAAGGGUGAUUUGUAUUGUAAACUGCUGGCUGUAAUAAAUUCUCAUUCAAAAUUCA